UGCUUAGAGGUAGACUGCUGAAUCAAAACAAACACACGGUGCAUCUUUGACCAUACCUCUUUCAGUUGAAACCUGGUAGUUUCUCGCCCCAGGAAGGUAGUUUUCACUUGAAAAUACAACUUUACACCCCGAUCGUCAUCUGUCAAUCACGAUCACCUACUGCAGGCGCGGCGAUGAGCAAGUGCGUGAAUAGUGACAUAUCGUUUACUUCCGGUGUCAUGGCAGCGCCCACGAGCCGAUGAUCACACAGUUCAUUAUCAUGAAAUCGUGAUAUUGUCACAACUUGUGAAACAUAUCACUUAUCAUAUUUUGUACAUCGGUCUCCCUACAACUGAGAAUCAGCUGCCGGAAAAAUGGACGAAGUCCUGCCCCUGAUUGAACAACUGAAGAUUACUGAGGACCUGAAAGCCAGAGAGGAGUAUCUGGAUAAACUUACAGACCUCAUAUCUGAGAGUGAGGAUGGCGAGGAUGACCUGUCGGAGCCGCUCCUGAACUCGGGGAUUCUGGAGGAUGUUCUCAAGCUGCUCAUCAACUCCUCCGACUCCAGCUUCACGUCCAAGUGUGCCCAACUGGUGGCAGAGUUGGCCAAAACAGAGUCACUGAGGGGCCCGCUGGUGGAGAGGGGGUUUGUGCCACCCCUGCUGCAGCUGCUGAAUGACAAGGAUGUUCAACUGGCCACCCAGGGGUGUCGGGCCCUUGGCAACAUCUGCUAUGACAAUGAUGCUGGCCGCAAUGCUGUAGAGGAGGCCAAUGCCAUGAAGCAGCUGCUGGACCUCCUCAGGACCCAACUGAAGAAUGAUGCAGAAGGUGCUGACAGACUCCGAACCAUUGCAUGUGGAUUCCUACUCAACCUCACCAAUACUCAUGAAGCCCUGCAGGAGAAGGCCCUGGAGGAGGACGUCCUCAAGCUGCUGGACCAGUGUCUGCAGCUGCACCUCACAGACCAGGGACUGACCAACAUGACACUGCUCACCAUCAGCAGUAUAGCGGACUCAGAUUAUGGCAAAGAGAUGAUCAGUGAGUCUGAGAUGCCGAAGACCCUGGUCACUGUCCUGGCCUCCAAGGAGGGAGAAAGUCACCAGGACACCAUCUUGGACCUCCUCAUCUCACUGGCUGAUAGUGAUAAGAUCAAGGACACCCUAGCAGACACCAGCCUCAGCAACCACCUGAUCAAGAUCAUCCAAUGUAACACUGGGCGAUCUGAUGACGACAGUCUGCAGUGUGUCAAGAUGGCAUCCGACCUCCUGGUGUCCCUUCUGGUCGGAGACAAGAGCAUGGAGCAGUUGUUUGGAGGAGGGGAGGGGCCGGUGUUCAUGGAGUCGGUCAAGUGGUUGGAGGGGGACACAGACACGCUCAAGGUCUCCGGGGCGCUUGCUAUAGGCAACUUUGCCAGGAGUGAUGAGCACUGCCACCUACUGGUGGAGGAUGGUGUGAUGGACAAACUGUUGGAGCUGGUGCGUCAGGAGGCCGCCGACACCAAGGAACACAACAUCACGCUGCAACAUGCCGUCCUCAGUGCACUGCGCAACCUCGCCAUUCCAGCCCCCAACAAGCCUCGGAUGCUGAAGGCUGGUGUGCUGGAUGUAGUGUUGAAGCUGUCUCAGACGGAAGUGAUGGCCGUCGCCUUCAAACUCCUCGGACUCAUUCGGAUGCUGAUUGAUUCACAGGAGGCGGCAUCAAAGUCACUUGGCUGUGACCGAGAUUUUCUGAUGAAACUAGUCGAGUGGUGUGGAGUUGAAGGUCAUGCAGGGGUCACAGGGGAGGCAACUCGACUCUUGGCUUGGCUCAUCAAACACAGCAAGUCAAGUGAUGUGAUGAAGAACAUAAUAAAGAAUGAUGGUAUACAGUAUCUCGUCAGCAUGGCAACCUCCGAGCAUGUCGUGAUGCAGAACGAGGCCCUGUUCUCCCUCACACUCAUCUGUUCAACUGUAUUAGGAGAUGCAGCAGUGCCCCUGAAGGAAGCCGACCUGGCCACCACCAUCACCACCCUGCUGAAGAACCCUGCCACCAUCCCUGAGAUCCUGUGUAACACACUCAGCCUCACCAGGUCCAUCUGUACAGCAGCAUCACCAACUAGCCCUCAGGCCCUCCCCUGUAGUCUCCUGGCUUGUACAGGGAUUCUCUCAGAUGUACAGAACAAUUUACGUGAAGAACUAGUCGCCUCUGGGAUUGCUGACAUUACUCGUGAACUUUCGCUACAUGGAGAUGAGAAAGUGAAAGAGGUGGCGAAGUCAGUUCUAGCAUUCAUCGAUGACUCACCUGUCAACAGAUGAAUCACAGAUAGCAACGACCAAUCAAAACCACUGUUUAACGACACAUGCACUGUAAAACUUGGACAAGGACAAAAGGGUCAAGGUCAUAUUUAAAAGUGAAUGAAAUAGCACAUUUGGAUUGCAGUGGCGAGGGUUUCAAAGUACUGUCGCAAUACUCACAUUGUCAUGUUAAGUCCGACCAUGUAUUGAACCUUGAUAGCUCAAUUUGUAUUACAUGGUGAAAAGUACAUUUGAAAUCAAACAACUUCUUAUGGUACCAAAUAAAUUCAUCUGUGAAAAUGCGUUUUUGUAAAGGGUCUACCCCGUCAACCAAUUUAGGUGGAUAUUUGAAUGUGAUUGACAUGACAAUGACAAGCUGACGUGUGUGGGUGUUGAGUGACAUGUUAUGUACAUUUAACAGACACCAUACAGGCAACCAUCAUGAAGACAGCGUUGUUGGGUCCAAGUUUUUAUCAUUCCUGAUCACUGGGAUUGAGCAUGGGCAUGUAUAAUCAGAGACCAAAAUAAGGUCUCUUAUCUUUUAUGAUUGUUUUCUAUUUUACCAUUGUUUAAUAUUGUACUGUCCAGUUUUUUAUUUGUCAAACAUGGAAACAAAGGUCUACAUUCCCAUUUGUUCAUUGUGUUUUUCUAUUGUUACUGAGGACAUUAAUUUCACGUGUAAUUUUGAUGUUAGUGUCAGAUGUCAAUAUCUUGUAGUGUUUUGUCUUGUGUGGUGAGGCAUUAUCUGUAAGUUGUAAAUCUUUGCGUUGAAACUGCUAAUGGAUGAUUGCUGAUGGCCCUUGCUCACAGAUAUUAGACAGCCUUUCUUUGAUUCUAUGAUUCUUUGACAAUGACGAGGUUCAUGUUUGUGAAAUAUACAGUUAUGGUGAUGCUGUUAUGUCUGUUUUAAUCAAUCAGAAGAAAGCACUGGCACUUAGAAUAUAUUUUAAAUAAGCAGAUGAAGAAUGUAAAUAAUUAUUAGUAUGAUAUCAGAUAGAUACUAUUACUAUAUUUUCCUUAAUAAAUCUCUUAAGAGACAUCUCUGAGCAGGGGAAAUAUCAACACAGACUAGCUGUUAGAAAUUAUGAACAGGAUUUUAUCAUUUUGUCCUCUGUCUUGAACAAAAUUUCUGACUGAUAAGAAAUUCUUUUGUUGUUAUCUAAGAACAUAGACUAUCAACCCGGAGUUGGGAAUCCAGUUUGAAUCCAGUUUGAAUCCACAUUGUCCCUGCCCGAUGUUGUGCAAUGGUUGUUCCCAGUGUAAUGCACACAGUUCCAUGUUAAAUCUGUGUUAGAAUACAGGGUCAUUUAAUCUACUUUGUCAUUUCAAGGUUGCCCUCCAAAUAGUGGUAUGUCUUCACUGUGUCAGGAAGAAGAUUUCCAGAUUAACAGGAUUCCGAUGUAUACUACUCAAUAGAAGUUAAAGAACAAACUGUUUUCAUAUGUUAUGGACACAUUAACUGUAGUCAUAUGAAAACAUAUGUUGUUUGACUUCUUUUGAGUAGUUUACAUCCACUUUGUUAGUUGGAUUAGUUAUUGGUAGGUAUAAAUCACAAAUAUACCUCAGCUUAUUGAAGAUAUUACUGUGUAAUUUGAAAUGCAGUGAUAAGGCCAUUUGUGGAAAUGAUUGGUUUCAUGUUUUUGGUUGUUGGUUGGUUUGUUGUUUAAUGCGGCACUCUGCAAUAUUUCAGCUAUGUGAUGACGGUCUGUAAGUAAUCAAGUCUGGACCAGACAAUCCAGUGAUUGACAUCAUGAGCAUCAUUAAAAGCAAUUGGGAUUGAUGACAUGCAUCAACCAAUUCAGCGAGUCUGACCACCCGAUCCUGUCAGUCGCCUCUUACGACAAGCAUAGUCGCCUUUUACAGCAAGCAUGGGUUGCUGAAGACCCAUUCUACCCCGGAUCUUCACGGGCCUCAUGUUUUUGGGAACCUUUUGUGACCUGUAUCUUUUUUUGAGACCCUUUUAUGACCUGUAUCUUUUUGAAUUGUGAAUUUGAAAUAUAAAGUUGCAAAUGUAAAAGAAAAUCUCGAUCAGCUACAGAGCCUCAUGGCUCUUUUUAAGAAUUAGUAGCCCUAUGAAACAGGACAGGUUUGGUUUGAAUUGCGUGCGGUCUCCAUGGACUUCUUGCAAUUCGUUCGGCACAUGUCUUGAAAUGGUUGAAGGUCAAGGUCAUGAGACUGACAAGGCUCCAAACUCUUUUGUGUUUAGACUUUCUCCAGAAGUAUUAAGCAUAUAUCAUUAAACUUGGUAUAUACCUUCUGUAGGAUGGGACGCUGCUUUGAAAAGAUUCAGGUCAAACUUUGUCAAGGUCAGCAUGCAGAUGUUUUUUUUAUAACAUGAUUGUAUCAUUUUCAGUUUCUGAGUCAUGGUUACCUCCCUAAUGGCAAACUAUAUAUUUGCAUCUAUGUUCACUAAUCCAACAUGUUUAGUGUUGGUGCUUUCUGUAUCAAAGGUCAAGAUCAUCACAUAAGUAUUUAAGUUAUAUACAAAUAUUGUUGAAAGUGGCAAAACGCCCAACUCACUCACUAUAUACAAUGAAACUCUGACAGGGUUCCCAGUGAAUUAACAUGGAAUAGUAAACUUCCAGAUUAACAAAUCAUUCAUACGUAGUAAUGUGCAUUGUUUAUAUAUAGAUAUUCCAGUAAUUGCCUGGAAGGCAGACUUUCCUGUUUAACACGGUCUGGACCAACAUUGCUGAUAUUUGUGUUGUUAUAAACUCAAGGACCCACCAUUUGAUGUCCUUGGAGGGCCUGCAGGGAUAUUUGUUAGAGGCAGGAUAUUUUGUUCAGUCUGCUUCAUAAAAGGAGAAACUGAACUAUUACAUUUAGUUUACACAACAUAUUACUUUUUUCAGGACAUGUCCAGCAAAAGGUGAGUUCUGUCGGGGUCUUUUACUGUUUCAACCCCACUUCCCCAAAUAUGACAUUGUCGAUCCCCAAAUCUAUAUUGCUCACACAACCGAUCACUAUCAACUACUGGAGACCAUUGAUAUGUCAGGUCCAAGGCUUGUCUGUAGUCAAGCAGCAUGUUUUUUACUCGCCAUGGUUGUCGUCCCCGAAUACUCCUACCCUACUGACUCUCUAGUGUUCAAAAACUAGCAUUGCGCACAUCACCCUCGACAACAAGUACCUUGUCUCGUGUCAAACAGACUUGGACUAAAGAACAGUUUCUUGCAUUUCGCAUAUCCACUAUCUAACGUUCUUUAUUGAUUGGUGGUUUUUUCUUGUUUCACUAGUUGUUAUUCUUAUUUUUGUUUCAUGUAUUUUGAUGAUUGAGAUUUUUAGUGAGGGAGCACCACUAACACACUCAAUACCUGGAGUGUUACAAUCUAAGUUCAUCUAAAACCAAGUGCGUUCGUCUUGAAGGAAAAUAUCUACAAUGCCUUCUGGAAUGUAAAAAAACCCCGACAAAACCCUUUCCAUACUCAUAAGACAUUUCUGCUAAAAGCUGAGUUAAUUGUAUGACUAUAUUAUGAGCAUGUGUGUAUGAAUCUCUCAAAUAGUGAUGAUACCAGGUGUUCGCGAAAAGGUGAGCAUAUCCCGCCCCAUCACUGACAUCCAUCACAAACACAUGCAAAGACAAGUCAUUUGUUCACCUGAAAGAACACAGGAACAUAUGGGAUAAGUCAGAAUAUGAAUUGCAUCGGACAUCAUCUCUGUCAUCUAUACAUCAAAUAUACGGAAAUGUCUACAAAAGAUUGUUGAAAGCUUUACUUAAAUGUUGUAACUCUUGAUUAAGCAACUUGAGAGCAAGAGUUGUAUGACGCUUUUUGACAUCUGAGUAAAAAAGAGCCUGCUCGAUUGAACCUCAAAACUUGUGAAAUGUAAACAUCCAAGGCUGGAGCUGCUGGAGUAUGGUUUUGGGAAAGUUAACAAUUGGGAAGUUGAAGUUAUCUCUCUUGUAAUACAGUCAUGUGGAAAGAGUUUUGUCACUGAAUCUUUAUGCAUAGAGCUGAAUAUGAAUCAGAUGAGGCAAUCUCCUUUAUUUCUAUCUAUGGAGGGUAAAUCAGCAGAACAAUAUCAGAUCAUACCCCGGAAUCUUAAGUUGUACUUCUUGGCCAAAUGACCUUGUUUUGACUUUGCCAUCCAAGCAGAAAAUACAUAUGAAAAACAUAUUUGCAAGAAGGGGAGCACAAUUGGUUCCCAUGGGGAUGCCUGCUUAUGGCCUAAAUGUCUUACCACCAAAUUUUACAGGGAUGUUGUCAAUGAGGAAGUUUCACUUAUCAUUUUCUCAGUAAGCUUAAGAUGGUAUUUCCUUUCAUUUUUGACAAAUUGUCCUGAACUUCUGACGAUAUGUCACUGUACCAUAGUCACCACGUCUUGUAACGAAAGCCCAGUGGGUUAAGGAAUGUAUUUCUCCUUAAGUUUGUCAUGUGGGAUAGUUGUGUACAAAGUUGAAAAAUCAAAUGUUUUGACAGACUUGAACAUGGUUCUUUUAUGAAAUUGCAAAAAGUCAAUGUAUGCAAUGUAAGCGUAGCAUGAAUGUUUGCCUUUGUUUUCUGGAUGGAUGUUUACCUGUAUAUUCAAAUCAUGUUUGUUUUUUGUCUUUUGUACAAGCAGCUGAAAAUAAAAACUGUGACCAUA